CUAGGUCUACCCAAUUUCAUUGUUCUCAUAGAAUUCUUCUCAUUCUCUUCUAGGUAUUGAAGAAAGCUCCCAAAUCUCCUUUCAAGAUGCAGAUCUUCGUCAAGACUCUUACCGGAAAGACCAUCACCCUUGAGGUCGAAAGCUCCGACACCAUCGAUAAUGUCAAGGCCAAGAUCCAGGAUAAGGAGGGAAUCCCACCAGACCAGCAGCGUUUGAUCUUCGCAGGAAAGCAGCUUGAGGAUGGCCGUACACUAGCGGACUACAACAUCCAAAAGGAAUCCACCCUCCAUCUCGUCCUUCGUCUCAGGGGAGGCAUGCAAAUUUUCGUCAAGACCCUCACCGGAAAGACGAUCACCCUCGAAGUCGAGAGCUCUGACACAAUUGACAAUGUCAAAGCAAAGAUCCAGGACAAGGAAGGAAUUCCCCCAGACCAGCAGCGUUUGAUCUUCGCCGGAAAGCAGCUUGAAGAUGGCCGAACCCUCGCUGAUUACAACAUCCAGAAGGAAUCCACUCUCCACCUGGUCCUCAGGCUCAGGGGUGGGAUGCAAAUCUUCGUUAAGACCCUCACCGGCAAGACCAUUACCCUCGAGGUAGAGAGCUCCGACACCAUCGAUAAUGUCAAGGCCAAGAUCCAGGACAAGGAGGGCAUUCCACCAGACCAGCAGCGUCUGAUCUUUGCCGGUAAACAGCUUGAGGAUGGCCGUACCCUCGCCGAUUACAACAUCCAGAAGGAGUCUACUCUCCACUUGGUGCUCCGUUUGAGGGGAGGCAUGCAGAUCUUUGUGAAAACCCUUACUGGCAAGACCAUAACCCUGGAGGUUGAGAGCUCGGACACCAUUGAUAACGUGAAGGCAAAGAUUCAAGACAAGGAGGGUAUCCCUCCUGACCAACAGAGGCUUAUCUUCGCUGGCAAGCAGCUUGAGGAUGGGCGGACGUUGGCGGACUACAACAUCCAGAAGGAAUCGACCCUUCACUUGGUGUUGCGUCUGAGGGGAGGUAUGCAGAUAUUCGUCAAGACCCUGACUGGCAAGACCAUCACCCUGGAGGUGGAAAGCUCUGAUACGAUUGACAACGUGAAGGCCAAAAUCCAGGAUAAGGAGGGAAUCCCACCUGACCAGCAGAGGCUGAUCUUCGCUGGUAAGCAGUUGGAAGAUGGGAGGACUCUUGCGGACUACAACAUCCAGAAGGAGUCUACCCUUCAUUUGGUGCUGCGUCUGCGUGGUGGGAUGCAGAUCUUUGUCAAGACCCUGACUGGGAAGACCAUCACCCUGGAAGUGGAGAGCUCUGACACGAUCGACAAUGUGAAGGCGAAGAUCCAGGACAAGGAGGGUAUCCCUCCUGAUCAGCAGCGUCUCAUCUUCGCUGGGAAACAGCUCGAGGAUGGGCGCACCCUCGCCGAUUACAAUAUUCAGAAGGAGUCGACUCUCCACCUUGUUCUUCGUCUUCGUGGUGGUUUCUGAAUCUCUGGCUUCUCAAUGGUUUCUGGGUGGUUUGCUAUUGGCGUU